AUGCGUGUCAUGGAGACAAUGGCACAGACAAUGGCCACUCAAAAUGCUCAAAUCAAUGAGAGGUUUGAUCGAUGGUUAGGCCAACAAAAUGGCCAAAAUGGGAACCAAGGCGUGCCUAAUGGAGUACCAGCAGCCAGGCCUCAAGUGGAGGCCCAACCAAAUGCCUUUGGAGUGAAUCCGCCUCACCCUGAUCCACUAUCUGGGCAACAAUCCAUAUGCAGCGGUCAACCAAUUCCAAGUUUUUCUGUCAUAUAA